AAGUCUUAACUAUGGAGAACCUGCCACGCUGCAGGUGAAGUAAUUACGCGUAUAAAUACAUUAUUGAUAUUCAGAUUUGAUUCGUUUUUCCGAGUGUACUCAGUUUCAAACAUGGGUGGUGUGUGGUUCUUGAAGUUUUCCUUGUUAUGUGUGGUCUAUUCAGGUGUCAAAAGCGAUGAUGAACACUACGACACAUACAACUAUUUUUACAAAGAAUUGGGAUGUGUGAAGAAUGAGAAAACAGCUGCUAAUGCUUUCAACUGUCCAGAUUUUCCAUCUAAAAAUGGUUCUUGUCGUUUUAUGAACCAGUAUUUUCCAUCAGGAGUGAAGGUCGACCAAGAACUUCUGAAAGGAAGUUGCAUACCUGAAGCACAGUGCAAUGAUGACGGUUCCUUCAUAUUUCCAGGGACAGAUUGUGGGUUAUUGUAUAAGGAAGGAUGCUAUUCAAGGAACUCUCUUGAUUCCUGUUGUCCUACAAAUGAGCUCGUAUGUGGAGAUGAUGUAGCUAAAUGUGAGAUAGAAGGAAAAACGUACAAAGAAGGUGAGAAGUUUCAUCUGAAAGAAAGCUGCGAUGUUUGCUUGUGCGAUAAAGGUUUCAAAAAAGAGGCUCCUUUCUGUAGACCUGUGAGAUGUAACCUAGAAAUACUUCGUUCGCAUGAGUUAGCUGAUCAUGAUGCUCCUGUUUAUCUAAAAGGGGAAAACUGUUGUCCUUCCACUUGGAUCAAAGAUGAGGGCGAAGACGAAAUCGUAACUUUCAUCUCAGAUGUGGAGAAUCUAGCUUGUAAAUUUGGAAAAAGAGAUGUUGGCUAUGGACAAGGUUUCUACAGAAAUAUUAGCCGAUUUGGUGUUGAGUCCAAACUCAAAUGCGAAUGCAAUAAACCUCCUUUCGUCAUUUGUCAUGAAAUAUAAGACGUAAUGUUGUUGAUUGUUGAGAGAUUUGAAUAAAUAAAAGUUUGAGUUAUCAA